AUGGCAGUUCAAGGCGGCUCCCUGACGCCAUUUACCAUCCAAGAUAUUCUCACCCGGGGCGAUGACGCUCGGCUGACUCGGAAUUCGCACCAGGAGCGGGUGAAACUCCAGCCCCCUGGCUCCGACCCGCACUGCGAUUCGAGGGCAGGGGCUGCUCUGGCGGGGGAGAGACGGACUCCGCUGAUCGUCAUCCGGAUCGACCAGGAGGACCAAGGGGAGGCACUAAACAGCGGCCCGGGGCGAGACGAGAGCCGGCAGCCAGCGCCUGAAGUUUUGAACGGUGACCGGCAGGCCGAGAAUAAUGAAAGGGGGCGGCUGGAUGUGGAGUCUCUCAAUGAGGAGUCGAGAGAGGCGAACAGCUGGGAGAAUAGCGCAGAAAAAUUCGAUAAAGAUUCAGACCGCCAGGCCGCGACCGACGAUGAGGAGAAGAUGGACAAACUCGCCCCGUCCGACCAACCCAGCAAAUCCGGCAAGAAACGCUCCCGAGCCGCCUUCUCUCACGCUCAGGUCUUCGAGUUGGAGAGAAGGUUCAACCACCAGAGGUAUCUGUCGGGUCCGGAGAGGGCAGACUUGGCGGCGGCCCUCAAACUCACCGAGACCCAGGUCAAAAUCUGGUUCCAGAACCGAAGGUACAAGACCAAGAAGAGGCAGAUGGCUGCAGAACUGGUGGUUAAUUCGGCGCCCACGGCAGCCAGGAAAGUGGCCGUGAGGGUCCUGGUGCGAGACAAUCAGAGGCAAUACAGCCCGGACGAGUUAGGAAACCCACAUUUGCUCUCGUUAUACCAGGCUUAUCAAUACUAUCCCUACAUGUACUGUCUACCAGCCUGGCCUCCGAAUGUUAUCCCUCUCUGUGGAGGAACUCAUUGA